GUACUGAGUCGGGAGUUAAAAACCCUGUACGAACGUCGUGUAUCGCUCUCUCCCAACCUCCUCGCACUCAUCCCUCACCUAUUUCUCCCAUAAUACUUCACCCUCGCAGCUCGGAAGAUGAAACCUGAAACCAGAAUCGAGCCACAGAGCAGCAUGAUAAAUUCGGAAUUCUGAAUUCGAAGUUAUAGAAAUGCUCUUGAGACUUGAUAGUGAAAGAAAAACUAUACUGUGAUGAAGUUUGAUGCUACCAUGGUGCAUUUGUUAUGUGCAAUGUGUUAAGUGUGUUAAUUAUUGAGAACUGUAUCUUCAUUUUUGUGGCAAUAUGGAAAAUCGAGAGGCAAAUGGAUCAUGUUUUUGGUUGGAGGAAUCUAAUGAUCAUGAGCAAACACCAAUCCCCAUGAAGCAUAAAAGAAAAGUAAAGGCAAAAACAGAGUUUGUUGGAUGGGGUUCCAAAUCUUUAAUUGAGUUUCUCCAAUCAAUUGGCAAAGACACUGAUGAACAGCUCUCUGAGAGAGAUGUGAAUGCCAUUAUAAUUGAAUAUGUGCACACAUUAAAUCUUUUCCACCAAACAAAAAAGAAAAAAGUUGUAUGUGAUGAAAGGCUUCGAUCUCUUUUUGGAAAGAAAUCAAUACCUCGAAUCAAAAUCCAAGAUUUGCUAAAAUCCCAUUUUGCUGAUAAUCAUCAAUCCUCUGAAGAUGAUUAUUUGUAUAGUUCAGAUGAAUAUGAAGAUUCCAAUAUAACAUACAAGAAACAGAAGGUGUUAGAUUCAGAGAAGAAAGCUCAAACUCCCUCUCAAAAGAAAAAAACACCCAUGAGCUCUUUUGCAGCUAUUAUCCCCGAAAAUAUAAAGCUUUUAUAUUUAAAAAAGAGUUUAAUUCAAGAGCUCAUUAAACACCCCGAGAGUUUUGAAGAAAAACUAUUGGGUAGUUACAUAAGGAUAAAAUGUGACCCAAAUGAUUACUCUCAAAAAAACUCCCAUCAACUUCUUCCCAUUACAGGGGUAAAAUUGGUAACUGGAAAUAAUGAUGAACCACAAGACAUUCUCCUUCAAGUUCCAAACAUGGUCAAAGACAUAACUAUAAACAUGUUGUCUGAUCACGACUUUUCUAAGGAAGAAUGUGAUGAUUUAUGUCAAAAAGUUAAGGAUGGGUUGCUAAAGAGACCCACUGUUGUGGAAGUUGAGAAGAAGGCACAUCUUUUGCAUGAGGAUAUAAUAAAACACUGGCUUCCUAGAGAACUAAGCUAUCUACAAAACCUCAUAGAUCGUGCAAAUGAGAAGGGGUGGCCUGUUACAUUGUAUGAGUAUUUAGAAAGAAGGAAUCUGCUUCAAAAACCUUCUGAACAGUCAAAGUUGUUGACCGAGGUCCCAAAGGUGACUCCAGAUGCACUAGAUCCACAAGAUAUACAAGACUUAUGUAGUCCAGAUGCUGCAGAUACAGAACAAGUGGUGGAUCUUGUUGAAGCUAAUGAAGGCAAUCAACAGCCAGUGGAGAACGGGGGUAUUAAAGUAAUUUCACAUGUAAAUUCAGGAGAAAAAGUAACCACAGGAGGUUUCGAGUGGGUUGAAUCCGUGAAGAUUUGUGACAUCAAAAGUCCAAGUGACACAUUGGUGGAAUUAAACAACAAUGUGACAAAUGUGAUUGAGCUAAGUGAUGAUGAAGAUGAUGAUAAUAAUAAUAAUAAUAAUAAUAAUAAUAAUAAUAAUAAUAUUAAGACACAAGGAAAUGUAAUACAAGAGGGAAAUGUGUGUGAUGUAUCCCUUCAACAAUGGUUUUAUUUGGAUCCACAAGGAAAAAUCCAAGGCCCUGUUUCAAGAAUCGAGUUGAAAUGCUGGAGUGAUGCGGGCUACUUCCAGCCUGAUUUUAAGGUGUGGAAAGACGGUCAGGUGCCCGAGAGUGCUGUCUUGUUGACCGAUAUGCUUUCGGACAGUUUUUAGUAAUUGAGUUCGGGCAGUUGUAGUGAUUGAUAGGAAUGGUUUUUUAUUUAGAGAUUAUACUUAAUACCCGAGGGUACAUUGCCAUUUUGUCAUCUUUUUGUGGGUGAGUUUUCUUAUUUUUAGGUUUAAAAUGUUU